CCCUCGGUCUUCCCACCCCCCGCCCUUCCACCAUGGCGGCGUCUGUGUGGUGUAGGGAGAAGCUGGUCCUCCUAUAGCGCUUACUGCCUCACCCUCACUCCUGGGGGCCGGAACCAAAGGAACCUCGCUCCCCAACCCUUGGGGCACCAGCCAGGAAGGUUUCCUACCCCAUGCUUCAGGGGCAGGACUCCUCUUUCCCCCACCUCCUGAGGCAGAAACUUAGGGUUUUCUCUGCUUCUCUUAGGGUCAGAAGCCAGAAAGGGCUCCUCUUCCACUUCUUCAGGGACAGAGCCUCUCCUACCCUUCCUGUAGGGGUGCAGACCCUUACCCCAGCAUACUUAAGAGCUAACGGUGUUUCCUCAGCACUGCCACUCCAGAGGCAGGACCUGGAGGCCCGUCUGCCUUGCCUCCUGCACGGGAGCGGCCCUUCGGAGAGGAGGGAGGAGUGGAGAGGCCAGGGAACCUUUCCUUCCCCUCCCCCACUUGUCCCUCUUUCCCCCCAGUCCCUGGCAAUCCCCAAUUCCCCCUUUCUAGGACUUCCCAUCCAUCCACUCCCUGGCCUUUUCCCGUCUCCCGGCUGCAGCCAUGGAGUUACAGAAGGGAAAGGGGGCGGCAGCAGCAGCAGCAGCAGCAGCAGCUGCUUCGGGAGCAGCGGGAGGUGGAGGAGGAGCGGGAGCAGGAGCCCCAGGAGGGGGGAGGCUGCUACUUGCAACCAGUUUGGAUGCCAAGGAUGAGUUAGAGGAGAGGUUGGAAAGAUGUAUGAGCAUUGUGACAUCGAUGACUACUGGUGUCUCAGAGAGAGAGGCCAAUGACGCCCUCAAUGCCUACGUAUGCAAAGGCCCCCCACAGCACGAGGAAAUCUGCCUGGGCCUCUUCACGCUUGUCCUCACCGAACCUGCCCAAGCCCAGAAGUGUUACCGGGACUUGGCUCUGGUGAGUCGUGACGGCAUGAAUAUUGUCCUGAAUAAAAUCAACCAGAUACUUAUGGAGAAGUACUUGAAGUUGCAGGAUACCUGCCGUACUCAGUUGGUGUGGUUGGUACGGGAACUAGUGAAGAGUGGGGUUCUGGGAGCCGAUGGUGUUUGCAUGACAUUCAUGAAGCAGAUUGCCGGUGGGGAUGUUACGGCAAAAAAUAUCUGGUUGGCAGAGAGUGUUCUGGAUAUCCUGAUGGAGCAGAGGGAAUGGGUAUUGAAGAGCAGCAUCCUCAUUGCCAUGGCUGUUUACACAUACCUCCGCCUCAUCGUGGACCACCAUGGGACCGCCCAGCUGCAGGCCCUGCGGCAGAAGGAGGUGGACUUCUGCAUCUCACUGCUUCGGGAGCGGUUCAUGGAAUGUUUGAUGAUUGGUCGAGACCUCGUAAGACUACUUCAGAAUGUUGCCAGGAUACCAGAAUUUGAACUGCUUUGGAAAGAUAUUAUCCAUAACCCUCAGGCCUUGAGUCCUCAGUUCACAGGUAUCCUACAGCUUCUUCAGUCAAGAACAUCUCGAAAAUUCCUAGCAUGUCGUUUAACCCCAGACAUGGAGACUAAGCUCCUCUUCAUGACAUCCCGGGUGCGGUUUGGUCAACAAAAGCGAUACCAGGAUUGGUUCCAGCGCCAGUACCUGUCAACCCCAGACAGUCAGUCUCUGCGCUGUGACCUCAUUCGCUACAUCUGUGGGGUUGUCCACCCUUCUAAUGAAGUGCUGAGUUCAGAUAUCUUGCCCCGGUGGGCCAUCAUUGGCUGGCUUCUGACUACAUGCACGUCAAACGUCGCUGCCUCUAAUGCCAAGCUGGCUUUGUUUUACGACUGGCUGUUCUUUAGCCCAGACAAGGAUAGCAUUAUGAACAUAGAGCCAGCCAUCCUGGUCAUGCAUCACUCUAUGAAGCCCCACCCAGCCAUCACUGCCACACUCCUGGACUUCAUGUGCCGUAUCAUUCCCAACUUCUAUCCACCAUUGGAGGGCCAUGUGCGGCAGGGUGUCUUUUCCUCACUCAAUCACAUUGUGGAGAAACGGGUCCUGGCGCAUUUGGCUCCCCUAUUUGACAACCCUAAAUUGGAUAAGGAGCUGCGGGCCAUGCUGAGGGAGAAGUUUCCUGAGUUCUGCAGUUCUCCCAGCCCACCUGUGGAAGUCAAAAUUGAGGAGCCAGUUUCCAUGGAGAUGGACAACCACAUGUCAGACAAGGAUGAGAGUUGCUAUGACAACGCAGAGGCAGCCUUUAGUGAUGAUGAGGAGGAUCUCAACAGCAAAGGAAAGAAGAGAGAGUUUCGCUUCCACCCAAUCAAGGAGACAGUGGUGGAAGAGCCAGUCGAUAUCACCCCUUACCUUGACCAGCUGGAUGAGUCCCUGAGGGACAAAGUGCUCCAGCUUCAGAAGGGGAGUGAUACAGAGGCCCAGUGUGAGGUCAUGCAGGAAAUCGUGGACCAGGUCCUGGAGGAAGACUUUGACUCGGAGCAGCUGUCUGUCCUCGCUUCCUGCCUACAGGAGCUCUUCAAGGGCCACUUUCGAGGGGAGGUGCUGCCCGAGGAGAUCACUGAGGAGUCCCUGGAGGAAUCUGUGGGGAAGCCUCUCUACCUAAUAUUUAGGAACCUAUGCCAGAUGCAGGAAGACAACAGCAGCUUCUCUCUGCUUCUGGACCUUCUCUCUGAGCUGUAUCAGAAGCAGCCCAAGAUUGGCUACCACCUGCUUUACUACCUAAGGGCCAGCAAAGCCGCCGCAGGGAAGAUGAACCUGUACGAGUCAUUUGCCCAGGCCACCCAGCUGGGCGACCUGCACACCUGCUUAAUGAUGGACAUGAAGGCCUGCCAGGAGGACGACGUGCGACUGCUGUGCCACCUCACACCCUCCAUCUACACAGAGUUUCCAGAUGAGACCUUGCGGAGUGGGGAGCUGCUGAACAUGAUUGUGGCUGUUAUUGACUCAGCACAGGCUGGGAUGGCUCAGAGGCCCAGACUACAUCCAAGUAGAGAAGCUGCCUGUUCUCCCUCCGCCAUCAGGACACAAGGGCUCCAGGAGCUGGUCUGCCAUGUGAUGAUGGGGAACCUGGUCAUGUUUCGAAAAGACUCAGUCCUCAAUAUACUCAUCCAGAGCCUGGACUGGGAAACCUUUGAGCAGUACUGUGCCUGGCAGCUCUUCCUGGCCCACAACAUCCCCCUGGAGACCAUAAUCCCCAUCCUGCAGCACCUCAAGUACAAAGAGCACCCAGAGGCCCUGUCCUGCCUACUGCUUCAGCUCCGAAGAGAGAAGCCCAGCGAGGAGAUGGUGAAGAUGGUGCUGAGCCGGCCCUGCCACCCCGACGACCAGUUCACCACCAGCAUCCUGAGGCACUGGUGCAUGAAGCACGACGAGCUGCUGGCUGAGCACAUCAAGUCCCUGCUCAUCAAGAACAACAGCCUUCCGCGCAAGAGGCAGAGCCUGAGGAGUUCCAGCAGCAAGCUGGCCCAGCUGACUCUGGAGCAGAUCCUAGAGCACUUGGACAACCUGCGUCUCAACCUGACCAACACCAAGCAGAACUUUUUCAGCCAGACCCCAAUUCUGCAGGCUCUGCAGCACGUCCAGGCGAGCUGUGACGAAGCCCACAAGAUGAAGUUCAGCGAUCUCUUCUCCCUGGCCGAGGAAUACGAGGACUCUUCCACCAAGCCACCCAAGAGCCGGCGAAAAGCAGCUCUGUCCAGCCCCCGAAGUCGAAAGAAUGCCACACAGCCCCCCAAUGCUGAGGAAGAGUCAGGCUCCAGCAGUGCCUCGGAGGAAGAAGACACAAAACCAAAGCCCACCAAGCGGAAACGGAAGGGGUCCUCUGCAGUGGGGUCUGACAGUGACUGAGGCCCUGUGUUCCCCAUUCCACCCCCAGUUGGACUGCCCUCCCCUCCUUGGUGAAUCAGAGGUUAAUAGGGGCUGGGGAGAUCGUAGGGGCAACACCCUGUCCCCAUCCCAGAGCUCACCCUGGGAGAAGGACGAGCUGCCUCCUUCAGCGCAGCCUGAGAAGCUGCCAUGCAGCCCCCCAGUCCCUCCUCCCUCCUCUCUGGGGCCUCCAGCCGCAUCACACUGCUGCUCCCACUGAUACUGGGGUUCCCACUGAAACCAGAGGCUGUACAAAACCUGGACUGUGGUGGAAGUCUUCAGCCUCCUGCCCCCUCCCCCAGCUUCCCCCAAAAGUGUUUCAGUAGAGAAGAGAAAUGGCAGAGGGGCAGCUGGCCAGAGAGGCUAGGAUGAGAGUGAAAACUGUGUGGGUGCCCCUUCCAACUUCCCCCUUCAGGUCUUGAUUUGCUCUGAACAGGCAUUAUAUAGUUGCCCUCCAUACGCCAGUAUGAAGUGGGCAUUUAAUCUGUGACAUGGUCAAGUCGCCUUUUCCUCUCCAUGGGCCAGAUGCCACAAGUGUUUGGGAAGGAACCUGAGAGGGAGGCCACAGCCCCACCUGGAGGCUUGUGCUGGCCUGAAGCUGGCACCUCAAGUCUGGCCAGAGCCCAGGGAGUCCCAGAGACAUGUUCCACAGAACUGUCAAAUGGUCACAUUUCCUUGGUUCUGUCUUUGUUUUCUUUCUUUUUUUUGGCAGAGAUAAUCGCAUUUUAAAAGUUGUUUUUAAAUGACAAUAAAACAAGCCAGAACCUC